GCUGACCCGGAACUCGACAUGUUUACCAGGCUGGCCUUGGAUUCACAGAGCAUGUUUAUCCUUGUCUCUGGCAUGCUGUGAGGGAUGCAUGUGCUACCAUGCCUGGCAAUGGAUCUUUUUCUUAAUAAGUCCCCUUAAAAUGGACUCCUGAGUUAGUGACAGAAUUUUGCUAUCCAAAUGCUACUGUGGCAGCUGAUUCUGUUGCGUGUUCCUGUUUAUCCUGAGUAUGCAUGCAUAUGUGUCUUGGCAGUACAUGGUGAGGUGACUCAGCGUGGGCUCCUUCUCUUCAGGCCGUUCCUAGGUAGCGUCAUUCUCUCACCCCUACCAGUAAAGGCAUUUGCUUCCAGCUUUAUGCCUGGGGUUUUGAUUUUCUGCCUGUUUUGACACAGACAUAACCUGAUAUAGUUUGAUCAUUGAAAAAUACGUUGAAAGUCCAGCUUUUGAAUGAAACUUUUGAAAUGAAAUAUAAACAAAACUGGGAGCUUACCAUUUAGCUGUGCUAAUAUGAGAUAUUCUGAGUUAUUUUGAUGUUUUUAAUCGGUCUAUUUACUUUUUUGUUUUUCACUUUCGUAGUAUCUCAAUAUUAGUCCUGCAUAUUCUCUUACUCUAAGAAACAUUUAUAUGUGUUCUUUUUUUUUCAGGGAUCAUUGCAAGAGGUCAUAGGUUGGGGGUUAAUAGGAUGGAAAUACUAUGCCAAUGUGAUUGGUCCAAUCCAGUGUGAAGGCCUUGCCAGUCUGGGGGUAAUGCAGGUGGCCUGUGCGGAAAAGCGUUUCUUGAUCCUGUCCCGAAAUGGCCGUGUGUACACACAGGCUUACAACAAUGACAUGCUGGCUCCACAACUGGUCCAGGGGCUUGCCUCCAGAAACAUUGUGAAAAUUGCUGCCCAUUCUGAUGGUCACCACUAUCUGGCUUUGGCUGCCACAGGGGAGGUGUACUCGUGGGGCUGUGGGGAUGGCGGAAGGCUGGGCCAUGGAGACACUGUGCCCCUGGAGGAGCCCAAGGUGAUCUCGGCUUUCUCAGGAAAGCAGGCUGGGAAGCAUGUGGUGCACAUAGCGUGUGGGAGUACUUACAGCGCAGCCAUCACUGCUGAGGGGGAGCUGUACACCUGGGGCCGUGGGAACUAUGGCCGCCUGGGCCAUGGCUCCAGUGAAGAUGAGGCCAUUCCAAUGCUAGUGGCUGGACUUAAAAGACUAAAGGUCAUCGAUGUUGUGUGUAGGAGUUGGGAUGCUCAAACCCUGGCCGUGACCGAGAAUGGUCUGGGCAGUGUGCUCCUGAACAGCCUGAAGCAGACUGUGGUGACCCUGACCAGCAGUGCCAGGGUUCUGAGCACCGUGCAGUCCGCUGCCCAGGCUGUGCUGCAGAGUGGCUGGUCUGUGCUGCUGCCCACAGCUGAGGAGAGGGCCAGGGCACUCUCAGCGCUGUUACCCUGCACAGUUUCAGGCAAUGAAGUGAGCAGAAGUCCAGGCCGUCGAUUCAUGAUCGAUCUUUUAGUUGGCAGCUUGAUGGCAGACGGAGGGUUAGAGUCUGCUUUAAAUGCAGCCAUUACUGCAGAAAUCCAGGAUAUAGAAGCCAAAAAAGAAGCACAGAAGGAAAAAGAAAUUGAUGAACAAGAAGCCAAUGCCUCAACGUUCCAUAGAAAUAGGACUCCUCUGGAUAAAGACCUAAUUAAUACUGGGAUCUAUGAAUCGUCUGGCAAGCAGUGUUUGCCUCUAGUUCAACUCAUCCAACAGCUUCUUAGAAACAUUGCGUCUCAGACUGUAGCCAGACUGAAGGACGUUGCUCGCCGCAUAUCGUCGUGCCUGGACUCCGAGCAGCAUAGCUGUGAGCGGUCUGCCUCCCUGGACCUGUUACUGCGCCUCCAGCGCUUGCUCGUCAGUAAGCUCUACCCAGGAGAGAACACUGCUCAGAGCGCAGAUGCUUCCAAGUCGUUUUUCACUGGUCAAAGCUGUAGAAAUAAUGAAGAAGUCACCCUGAUACGCAAAGCUGACUUGGAGAACCACAAUAAGGAUGGCGGCUUCUGGACUGUAAUUGACGGAAAAGUGUAUGAUAUAAAGGACUUCCAAACACAGUCAUUAACAGGAAAUAGUAUACUUGCUCAGUUUGCAGGGGAAAAUCCAGUGGUGGCUUUGGAAGCGGCUUUGCAGUUUGAAGACACACAGGAAUCUAUGCAUGCGUUCUUUGUUGGCCAGUAUUUGGAGCUUGACCAAGAAGUUGUUACCAUACCAGAUCUGGGAAGUCUGUCUUCACCUCUGAUUGACACAGAGAGAAACCUGGGCCUGCUUCUUGGAUUACAUGCUUCCUAUUUAGCAAUGAGCACACCGCUGUCUCCUGUGGAGGUUGAAUGUGCCAAGUGGCUACAGUCAUCGAUUUUCUCUGGGGGUCUACAGACCAGCCAGAUUCACUAUAACUACAAUGAAGAGAAAGACGAGGAUCACUGUAGCUCUCCCGGGGGCACACCCAUCAGCAAGUCCCGACUGUGUUCUCACAGAUGGGCCCUGGGGGAUCAUUCUCAGGCCUUCCUGCAAGCCAUCGCUGACAACAACAUCCAGGACCACAAUGUGAAGGAGUUUCUGUGUCAAAUCGAAAGGUACUGUAGACAGUGCCACUUGACCACGCCAAUCACAUUUCCUCCUGAGCAUCCUGUGGAGGAGGUUGGCCGUCUACUAUUAUGCUGCCUCCUGAAACAUGAAGAUUUAGGUCACGUGGCAUUAUCUUUAGUUCAUGUAGGAGCACUUGGCAUUGAAGUGAAGCACAGAACACUGCCUAAAUCUGUGGUGGAUGUUUGUCGAGUUGUCUACCAGGCAAAAUGCUCACUCAUUAAGACUCAUCAAGAACAGGGCCGUUCCUACAAGGAGGUGUGUGCUCCUGUCAUCGAACGUUUGAGAUUUCUCUUCAAUGAAUUGAGGCCUGCUGUUUGUAGUGACCUCUCUAUAAUGCCUAAGUUUAAGCUGUUAGGCUCGUUACCCUGUUGGAGGAGGAUAGCUCAGAAGAUCAUUAGAGAAAGAAGGAAAAAGAGAGUUCCUAAGAAGCCAGAAUCUACUGAUGGUGAAGAAAAGAUUGGGAACGAAGAGAGUGAUUUAGAAGAAGCUUGUGUUUUGCCUCAUAGUCCUAUAAAUGUAGACAAAAGACCCAUUUCCAUGAAGUCUCCCAAGGACAAAUGGCAGCCGCUGUUGAAUACAGUUACGGGAGUUCAUAAAUACAAGUGGUUAAAGCAGAAUGUGCAGGGCCUUUACCCACAGUCUGCACUGCUCAGAACCAUCGUUGAAUUUGCUCUUAAGGAAGAGCCAGUAGAUGUGGAGAAAAUGCGAAAGUGCCUCCUGAAACAGUUGGAUAGAGCAGAGGUUCGUCUGGAAGGGAUAGAUACAAUUUUGAAACUGGCAGCCAAGAGUUUCUUACUUCCUUCUGUGCAAUAUGCUAUGUUUUGUGGAUGGCAAAGACUUAUUCCUGAAGGAAUUGCUAUAGGGGAACCACUUACAGACUGCUUGAAGGAUGUAGAUUUAAUUCCACUGUUCAAUCGGAUGCUGCUGGAAGUGACUUUCGGCAAGCUGUAUGCUUGGGCAGUUCACAAUAUUCGAUGUGUUCUGAUGGAUGCGAGUGCCAAAUUUAAAGAACUGGGUAUCCAGCCUGUCCCCCUGCAAACCAUCACUCAUGAGAACCUGGCAGGACCAAGUCUGGGGACCAUCCCACAAGCUCGAUUUCCUCUGGUGAUGCUCAGCAUGCUCACCCUGCAGCAUGGUGCAAACAACCUUGAUCUCUUGCUCAACUCAGGCACACUGGCCCUCACACAGAUGCCACUGAGGCUGAUCGGUCCUACUUGUGACAGUGUUGAGGAGGACAUGAGUGCUUCUGCCCGGGGAGCCUCUGCUUCAGUGUUGGAGGAAACAAGGAAGGAAACCGCUCCUGUUCAGCUCCCUGUUUCAGGGCCAGAACUGGCUGCUAUGAUGAAGAUUGGAACCAGGGUCAUGAGAGGCGUGGACUGGAAGUGGGGUGACCAGGAUGGGCCUCCGCCAGGCUUAGGCCGUGUAAUUGGUGAGCUGGGAGAGGAUGGCUGGAUCAGGGUCCAGUGAGACACGGGCAGCACUAACUCAUACAGGAUGGGUAAAGAAGGAAAGUAUGACCUCAAGCUGGUGGAGUUGCCAGUGUCAUCACAGCCCUCUGCAGAGGAUUCAGACACAGAAGAUGACUCAGAAGCUGAACCAGGAGACAGGAGCAUCCAUCCCACAGCGAUGAUGCUGACCAGCAUUAUUAACUUACUACAGACUCUGUGUCUGUCCGUUGGUGUCCACGCUGAUGUCAUGCAGAGCGAGGCCACCAAGACUUUGUGUGGACUGCUGAGAAUGUUAGUGGAAAGUGGAACAACAGAUAAGCUAUCUCCUCCAGACAGACUGGUGUGCAGGGAGCAGCACCGGAGCUGGUGUACACUGGGCUUCGUCCGGAGCAUCGCACUCAGCCCGCAGGCCUGUGGGGCCCUCAGCUCCCCAAGGUGGAUCACACUGCUCAUGAAGAUUGUGGAGGGGCAUGCGCCCUUCACUGCCGCCUCCCUGCAGAGGCAGAUCUUAGCUGUCCAUUUACUACAAGCAGUUCUUCCGUCAUGGGACAAGACGGAAAGGGCACGGGACAUGAAGUGUCUGGUGGAAAAGCUGUUUGGCUUCCUGGGCAGCUUGCUCACUACUUGUUCUUCUGAUGUCCCAUUCCUUAGAGAAUCCACAUUGAGGAAGCGGAGGGUGCGAGGGUGCGUGCGGCUGCAAGCUUCCUUGACUGCCACUCACAGCAGCACUCUGGCUGAGGAGGUGGUGGGGCUGCUCCGCACUCUGCACUCGCUCACCCAGUGGAACGGCCUCAUCAACAAAUACAUUAACUCCCAGCUCUGCUCCGUCACACACAGCUGCUCUGGGAAGACUCCAGAAAGGGCCCUGCUGGAGGACUACUUCCCGGACUCUGAGAACCUGGAAGUGGGGGGCCUCAGGGCAGUGCUGGCUGUGAUUGGAGGGAUCGAUGGCCGGCUGCGCCUGGGAAGCCAGGUCAUGCAUGAUGAGUUUGGAGAGGGCACAGUGACUCGCAUCACCCCAAAGGGCAGAAUCACUGUGCAGUUCUGUGACAUGCGCAUGUGCCGAGUUUGCCCGUUGAAUCAGCUCAAACCGCUCCCUGCUGUGGCCUUUAGCGUAAACAACCUGCCUUUCACGGAGCCCAUGCUUUCUGUCUGGGCUGAGUUGGUGAACCUUGCUGGAAGCAAAUUGGAAAAGCACAAAACAAAGAAAUCAGCAAAACAGGCCUUUGCAGGACAAGUAGACUUGGACCUGCUACGCAGCCAGCAGCUGAAGCUGUACAUCCUGAAAGCAGGGUGGGCGCUGCUUUCCCACCAAGACAAACUAAGGCAGAUACUGUCUCAGCCCGGGACUCUACAUGCAGAUGAUGGAGCAGCUGCAUCCCCUGACCUCGGGGACAUGUCACCUGAAGGGCCACAGCCUCCGAUGAUCCUCCUGCAGCAGUUAUUGUCCUCAGCCACCCAGCCAUCUCCUGUGAAAGCCAUAUUUGAUAAACAGGAACUUGAGGCUGCUGCCUUGGCCCUCUGUCAGUGCUUGGCUGUGGAAUCCACACACCCUUCCAGUCCAGGCUGUGAAGACUGCAGCUCCAGUGAGGCCACCACCCCAGUCUCUGUACAACACAUCCAUCUUGCCAGGGCGAAAAAGCGCAGGCCGUCGCCAGCGCCUGCUCUGCCUAUUGUGUGCAGCUCAUGGAAAUGGGAUUUCCUAGGAAGAAUAUAGAGUUUGCUCUGAAGUCGCUCUCCGGCACAUCUGGGAAUGCAUCUGGUUUGCCUGGUGUGGAAGCCUUGGUUGGGUGGCUACUAGACCACUCUGAUGUCCAGGUUACAGAGUUCUCGGAUGCGGACACAGUAUCUGACCAGUAUUCAGACGAGGAGGUGGUGGAAGAUGUGGACGAUACCCCAUACCCUGUGAACUUUAUUUUACAUACUGUGCUAUUGCUGAUAAGGCUGCUGGUGCUGUUGUGACUGAGAGCCAGACUUACAAGAAGCGUGCUGACUUCCUGAGUAACGAUGACUACGCUGUGUAUGUGAGAGA